AGGAGGUGGACGAGGUGGACAAGGAGGGGGACGAGGUGGUGUACAAGGUGUACAAGGUGGACAAGGAGGUGGACGAGGUGGACGAGGUGGACGAGGUGGAGGAGCGAGUUUUUCGCUUCUCGCCGUGCUCAGCGCUGGACGUGACUUUGCAGCCUUCGGCCGAGAUGACGGAGCGUCUCAUUCAGUGGUCCAUGCACGGACGCCUCGUCCGGCAGACCUUCACUUUCGAGCGGCCAUUCCAGCCACACCUGAAGGACUCCUUCGUGCUGGCCUUCCUCAAGGACCCUGCGGUGACUUCCAGUCUCAGAGUGGUCCCACCCAGGGGGCCUUGGGUGGGACUGGGCCCCGUGCACAGCGUGUCUGUGCGCCCCGUGCCCUGCUCCCAGCUCUCGAUGUCGUUCUUCGACCGCCUGACCACGUGCGGUGUGGCCCGUGGCGGGGGCCACCUCGUCAAGCGCCCCGACGAGGUGCUCGGAGGCUUCCUCGUCGCCGACCGACUGCGCAAGCUGCUGCUGGCCGGUGGCGACGGCGUGGAGGUGGACGAGGGUGACGAGGAGGAUGAUGAGGAGGAGGAUGAGGAUGAGGAGGAGGAUGAGGAGGAUGAGGAUGAGGAGGAGCGCUUCAAGGAGGUGUACAGCCCCGCGGAGCGCGACGAGUUCCUCUUCCGCCUCUUUGCCCACGUGUGCCUGGGCGGCGAGCUUUGCCAGUACGAGGAGGAGCUGGGGCCCUACCUCGCCGUGACCCGCCAACUCUACAAGCAGCUACUCAGCGUCCACAAAGACCCCCGAUCAGGACAGCUGCGCAUCACAUCCCAUGUCUACAAGAUAUCAGCCUUCGAUGAGCAGGGCCGGUGCGUCUACCCCGGCGCCACUCCUCACCCCCAGACGUUCAGCUACCUGGUGGUGGACCCUGGCCGGAGAGUCCUUCACUUGCUCCACCACUCGUACGGAGUCAACCUUCACUAGCACACAGAGAGUCACCCUCCUACACACACACAGAGUCACUCUCCUACACACACACAGAGUCACCCUCCUA